GAAUAAUGAUAAUGAAUAAAUGUCAAAGGCCAAGACCUUUGAACACAACAUAACAAAGGAAGACAUUUUUUAUAAAGUUAGUGAAAAUUAUUUCAACCAAGUGGAAGAAACUGAGUGAAUCAAUACAAAUUGAAGAAGAAUUUUUGUCAUUUAUAAUGAGAUUGAUACGUUAGAGAUUUACGUCAGAAUAAUGUUAUGACGAGGAAUCAAUCAAGCCCAUCCCCACCCCAUUCGACGUAGAAAAUAAACUUCUGCAUCAGCUGAAGAUUGAAGAUCAUAGUGUUGACAACCAUCAUCCUGUAUUGUUACACAUCGUUUUUGUUUGACCAUCAUAUAUCGUGCUGGAAUUCUUAAGAUUGAAAUUGUGAAAAUAUUCGUGAAAAAAAUUGGAGAAACGCACCUUUUAUGUAAUGACAAUUGUUCAAGCAGAUUCAUCAAGCACUGUCACGUCUGACUGCCCAAUAACGUCCAUGGAUAAUGUUAAAAAAAGAAGUUCAGAAACAAUAUUGAAUGCUGAUAAUUUAGUUAUGUCCACAUGCUUAUCAGAAGAUGCGUUAAGCACCGUUGGGUCUGACGCUAAUAAAAGUGAUGUCAAAAGAAAGAGAAAAAGAGGCAAACGAGGAGGUAGAAAAAAUAAGAAAAAAAAUGACGAACCGGAACCUCUGGACGAAAUUAUCAGACUCCUGCGCUCCGAGGGCUUCAGCAUCACACCUCCUGCUAACAAGCAAUGCACUACCAAACUGGAAAGCCCUGUAAAAACGCCAAACGAUUCCAAAAUGUUAGAAGCUCUAAGAAAUAUUAUGAAGUCGCACAGUGCUGGAAUAGAGAAAAUUCAAAAAUUGAAGAAAAAAUUAGCAAAAGAAACAGAAAAAAAAUUAUUAGCUGAAAAAAGAAUACAAAAGAUAAAGGAUCUUAUGUUAAAAAUAAGAAAGAGAAUGCAGAAAAAUACUUCAAAAUGUUCAAAGACAGAUCAACCGGUGGCAGAUAAAAAAAAAGAUAAAGAAAAUUUGAAGAAGAAGAGGACACGCAAAAGUGAAAGUUUGUUAGGAGUAAAGAAAAGAGAAGAUGAAGAAAUAUUGACUGAGAAAAAGAAGAAAAACAGCACAAAGUUGGCAAAAAAUGAUAAUAAAGAAAAGGAUGAUAAUUCUGAAGGGGAUUCUAAGGAAAAAUCGACUUUCCCCAAAUACAUAAAGAAAAAAGAAAUACUGGAGUUGAUGGAAAACCAAGAUCGAGAAAAUCCCACUUACGUCAAGGGUUACAUAAGAAUAAAUCCUAAAAAUAAUCAGCUCGCUUAUAUCAGCAUCGACAAAGAAAUUGAUAUUCUUGUAUCGGGAAUACAAAAUAGAAAUCGAGCACUGGAAGGAGAUUUAGUUGCAGCAAUUAUAAAUCCUGAAGAUGAUUGGACUCACCAUGAGAGUGGAGAGAUACAAAAAACAGCAACGGUAAUGUGCAUUUUGGAGAAAAUCCAUCCAAGGAAAAUUGCUGGUACUUUGGAUAUACAUAAGGGCAGACUAAGAUUAACAUCUAGGGACAUGAGAGUUCCCAUCUUGUUCAUUCUUCUCAAGAAUGUCCCAAAAGAAGUACAAGAGUCGCCCGAAGAUUACGUCAAUACACUCUUUGUAGCUGCUAUCAGCGAGUGGCAUAAACCUCAUAAGUGUCAUGGAAUAAUUGAGAGCAUUAUGGGCGAUGUUGGCGAUCUGGAAGGAGAGACUACGGCCAUAUUACUUACAAAUGGAUUGGAUGUAAAGCCCUAUGACGAAAAAUUACUAGAAGGAUUACCAAGCAACGAUUACGUACCUACAGCCGAAGAUCUCGAAGGACGCGAAGAUUGGAGAAACGAGUGUGUCUUUACAAUUGAUCCGGCUACAGCUGUUGAUCUUGACGAUGCAGUGUCCUGUAAAAAAUUGCCGAAUGGCAAUUUCGAAGUCGGUGUUCACAUAUCAGACGUGACUCAUUACUUGAAGGCAUUCUCGCCAUUGGACGAGGAAGUGUCGAAACGAGCAACGACCGUGUAUCUCGUUAACACAGUUUAUCACAUGUUACCAAAAUUAUUAUGCAACGUAUGCAGUCUUUUGCCUGGUAAAGAGAAGCUCUCAUUUUCUGUUGUUUGGGAGAUGACACCGGAAGCCAAAGUAGUAAAGCACCGUUUCGCAAAGAGUGUGAUAAAAUCAUGUUAUCAGAUGUCGUACGAGCAGGCACAGACGAUAAUCGACGAAUCAACGGGAGAAUGGACCGCGCUAGAUUUGAUGGAUCUCGAGGCCGACGGACCGUCGAAUGAUAUUCGCGAAGUAGUAAAUCAUCUUUAUAAAUUGUCGACUCAAUUGAGAGAGAGAAGAUUCGCUGACGGUGCGAUGAGCAUUAAUCAGCCGAAGCUGCAAAUAUUGCUGGACCAAGAAACCCGAAUACCGAUCUCGUAUCGCAUCGAGGAACGACAAGAGAGCAACAGAUUGAUCGAAGAAUUUAUGCUACUCGCGAAUAUGACUGUAGCGAAACAUUUGUACGAGAAUAUGGGAGACACUGCUUUUCUACGGAGUCAUGGUGAACCUCUGGAUCGCACUUUGAAGCGUACAACCGAAGAUCUAGCACGUUUGGGCGUUAUAUUAAACAUCGAAUCAGCAGCGAGCUUACAAGCGAGUUUGGUGCGUCACGAGCAAACUGGAUUGGAAGAAAACGGCGAUGAAUUUAUAACUAACUGCCGAAUGAUGGUUAUCAAUUCCCUCGUUGCUCAAUCGAUGCCGCGUGCAAAUUAUUUGUGUGCCGGAAAGAUAGAAAAGGAAGAGGAUUUGAAACAUUUUGCGUUGAAUGUUCCAUUCUAUACACAUUUCACCUCACCCAUUAGAAGAUACGCUGACAUCGUGGUUCAUCGAUUACUCGAAUCUUCGUUGUCGAAUACGCCAAUGCCGGACGCAUGGUCGGCCGAUUUAUGUGCUGAGAUUGCAACUAAUUGCAAUAGAAAAAAGUACAGUGCAAAAAUAGCUCAAGAGAAGAGCAACGAAUUGUACUUCAUGGAUCUACUUUCGAGGAAAGGUCCUACGGAAACUGUGGCUAUAGUUAUGACAGUUCAACAGCGAUGUAUGUACGUUAUACUUUGCCAUGUUGGGAUAACAAUCAAGAUGAGUUAUUUGGACUUGAAGGAUGAUGCUGAAUACGAAUACAACAAGGAACUCUCCGUUCCUACGGUCAUCAUCAAAUGGAAAAACCCAAAUUUCAAUCAAACGAUCAAUGUUUUCAGUAUUAUCAAGCUACGAGUUGAGAAACAUCCGAAAAAUUAUUCAAUACGAGGUGUUCUCCUGCCAACUCAACUCGAUGAUUCAACUGAUUGUGUAUAAUUAUUACAAAUUUCAUUGUCAAUUAAGGGUUUCAUUUUUUUCUUCUUUACAAAUUAAAUACGCGUGUUUGCAUUUCUUGAUUAUAAACUUGCUUAGUAAUAAGCAACAUUUCUUUUAAAGCAAUACAAAAUAAAUGACAUGAAUAUUU